AUGAAAAGGGGUGCAAAAAUUCUCAACCUUUCAAGUUUCAAAGAUGAUUCAAAUUCUAGUCCUUGGGAUUACACCGCGUUUAUCAGAACGUUUGCGUUGUACCUUGAUGAACGAUUAGAUUGUUUCCUAACAGGAAAACUUCAAAGGCGAUUCAUGUAUAAUAAUCGGUUUUAUGAGAAGAAUCAAAGGAAUGAACCUGGUAUUAAAGAAAUGAAACCUACAUUGAUUCUUAAUAGAAUCAGUUAUUGGCAAAGGUUGUUGGAUAGAGCUAUGGGGACAAGACCGACCGGUUCUGCCAAGAACAGUCGUUUGGUUCAGAUUUCUCUCUAUGCUGUUGUGCAGGAAAGUUUUGAUCUUUACAAAGAUAUAAAUGAUGGGCUUGGUGUUGUUUUGGAUAAUUUCUUCAAUUUACCACUUUCAGCUUGUGUUACUGCAUUCAAUGCAUGUGUUAAAUCAUAUAAACAAUUCGACGAGUUAGCUACAUUUUAUAUUUUUUGUGCAAGCAUUGGAAUUGGUAGAUCCUAUGAGUAUCCAUGUGUGCAGAAAGUUUCUGAAGAGCUUAUGGAAACAUUACAUGCUUUCUUGAAGGAUCAAGCUUCGUUUCAUACGAAUAACAACGAUUCUAAACAUUUGAUUCUUUCGGCACACAAAAACUCUAAUGUAGGUUCAUGUUCAUCUCAAGAUGAAUUAGGUGUUGACAGAUGUGGAACACUCGAAAGAUUUUUUGAGACUGGCUCUGAGUUUGGAUCUCAAUGUACAUCAUUGGAAGAUUUAAUGUGUGCUACCGAUGCGGCCGGGAGUUCGCGCGGAUCGAUGGAACAUGAUGUGUAUUCCGAGGUAUCCGACGAAGACGAGAAACAAUCAUCACAAUAUGAUGACGAGUUUAUUAGCGCUAAUGGUUCUGUUUCGGUUAGAUCAUUGAAUCUGGAUCGAAAUUCAAGGUCGAGUUUCGAUAUAAUAAGCCUUGAUGAUAUGAAUCAAGAUCAAGUGCAACAAAAUCAAACAAAUGAAGGUUCCAAAGAUUGUUGGGAAAUAGUAUUAGCAAAGACAAUAACUAAUGAAACAUCAUCAUCAACACCUAAAUUGGAUAAUGUUUUUGACCCUUUUCUCAAUUUUUUUGAUCAACCUUUAGUACCUGCACCUCAACAAAAAUACAAUCCAUUCCUUGAUGACAUUGGAACUAUAGCUCCGCUUGCAGCCACAACAACCAAUUCCGAUUUUGACGAUGUUUUCGACGUAUCACUAGCACCAACCUUUAAGGCAGCAACAACAUCACAAAACUUUAAUGCUGCUGACCCUUUUGCAUCAUCUUUGGAUCUUAUUUUCGGCGACAUAAAUCCAAACGACACAACAGUUGCACCAACCUUUCGAGCUCAAAGUUCUUUAGAGAUGAUUGUAGCACCAACCUUUGAGGCACGAGAUUCUUUUAAGAAUGCUUCAACACCAACUUCAAAUGUUGAUUACAUGGAAGAAUCACCAAUCUAUUCUGUUGAGAAUCCUAAUACUUGUAUUGUUCCUUUUGAUUCAUGUAAUAGUUUUAACAAUUCAACAGUGGCACCAACAUUUAGUGCAAAUGGUGGCAAUGAAACAACGUUGGCAACAGAAGUAGAAGAUGAUCCUUUUGGACCAUGGCCUAGUACUGCAAUGACCAAUGAUCAAACAUCUAAUUCCUCACACCUUUGCCUUCAUCAGGGUUUCACCACGCCGUCUUCUACCACCGUCGUCAUUUACGAUUCUCAAGCACCACCAUGCCACCACGCCGGCCACCACGAACCACCAACGAUCAAGUAUUGUCAACCUUUAGUGUAUGUUAAGUAUCCUGAUGCAUGGUCUUGUCUUGCAGUUGCAGUGAUGGAACAUCCUGUUCCCUAUGUUGAACCUACACAAGCAGUAGAAACCGCACUUCCUCCUCUCCCCCCUGCUAGGAAAAAAAGACUAGUUAAUGCUAGUGGAUCUAGGAAAACUUCCACCGUUUGGUUAGACUUUAACAUUUUACCGGAUGAACCUGAACCAAUAGCUGCGUGUAAACAUUGUCACAAAAGAUAUCGAUGCGACCCUAAAACACAUGGAACAUCUAACAUGUUAGCUCACUCAAAAGUGUGUCACAAAAACCCUAACCUUUUACAGAAAGAUCCCACUCAAAGAAACCUUGUAAGUGGUGAAGGUGGUUUUUUAGGUUCAACAAGCCAAAGGUUCAAUGCUCAAGCAUGUAGGAAGGCUAUUACUUCCUUUGUACUUCUUGAUGAGCAUUCAUUUAGAGUGGUAGAGGUUCCAAAUCACAAGGGUGACACCAUUGGUAAGAAAGUGGAGGAUGUUUUGAAUGAAUGGGGGCUUAGAAAAGUGUCAACAAUUACCCUUGAUAAUGCAACAUGUAAUGAUGUGGCCGUUUCUUAUUUGGGAAAAAGACUUAAAAGCAAGAAUGCUUUAGUUGGUGAUGGGAGUUUUUUUCAUAUGAGGUGUGCUGCCCAUAUCUUAAACUUAGUAGUGAGAGAUGGGCAAAAAGAUCAUGAAUUGGCUAUUGAAAGUGUUCGCGAAGCUGUUAGGUUUGUGAGGUCCUCACCCCAACGAGCUUUAAAGUUUAAGGAGUGUAUUGAAAUUGUAGGGAUAACAUGUAAAAGAAAACUUGGCCUUGAUGUUUCCACACGAUGGAAUUCCACAUAUUUGAUGUUGGAUGCUGCUGAGAAGUUUCAGGCAGCGUUUGAGAAGUUAGAGGAUGAGGAUCCUGGGUACAUGGAAUUUUUUAACCUCUCGGGUCCUCCUUGUUCUAUUGAUUGGGAAAAAUCUAGGGCUUUUGUGAUUUUUUUGAAAACAUUCUAUGAUGCAACCAAAUUGUUUUCAUCUUCGCAAGAAGUGUCGAUACAUUCUGCCUUUCAUAACCUGUCUGAAAUUUUGUGUAAGCUUCAAGAAGCUUCCUUGAACAUGAAUACCUAUGUCGCUCCAAUGGUUUCAAAUAUGAAGACCAAAUUUGAUAAAUAUUGGGGGGAUGUUGAAAAAGUGAAUCAUUUCCUAUUUUUUGGAGUGAUAUUUGACCCUAGGUUUAAGUUCAGUUAUGUUGAGUGGUCUUUCAAUGACAUGCAUGGGGAUGGUAGUCCAAUUGCUAAGAAAAGUAUUGAGUGUGUCAAGAAAAGUCUAUUUACACUAUACAAUUGGUAUAAAUCUGAGCACAGUAAGAAUGUUGAGGCUGCCCUCUUAGAUGCACCAUCCGAGAGCACUUCUCUUGGAGAAACAAGUACCCAAGCUAGAAAACCUACACUUUUUACAAGGGCUGAUGCAUUUAAACCUACACUUCUUACAAGGGCUGAUGCCCGUCGCUGUUUUCCGCCAGAAACCCCCCCACGCUCCUUUCGCCCAUCUCUGCGCUCCGAAUGA